UUCAUUGUCGGUAGAGCCCCAAACUGGCUGGUCUUCUUUUCGAGACAAUCAAUUUCCUUGUUUUACACUGAGGUAGUUACUGUUGCUUACAGAAUUAGUGCCUGAUGUACAGCUCCAGCCGGUUCCUUCGCUCCUAGCUUUGCUCUGUGACCCGCGAGGUGGACAAACGGUCCUCUGCCCGGUGCUGCACCAUCCCCGUUCCAUCGUUGACUCCAAUCAAAGCUCUUGCAUCUGGGUGGAAGCGCAAGGAGCAGCCAUGGCCCAAGCCAUUGUCCAAAGCUUAUGCAGGAAGCUCAGAUCCGCCAUCACCGUCGGAGAUGAGGCCACCGGCGAUUUGCAGGAAAUAAUGGAGACGCUGGAGGCCAUACAUCCGCUGCUGGAGGACGCCGAGAUGCGGUGUCUUUGUUUUAAGGAUGAUGUCCCCAGAGAGGGAUCGAAGGAAAUAAUGGAUACUACGCCGGAAGCCAUACAGCCGCUGCUAGAAGAUGCCCCCCAGCAAAUGGAGGGGAAGAAGGUGCAGGACUGGCUGCGGCGGGUCGUGAAGGCCGCCUACGACAUCUUGGACGAGUUGCAAGACACAAUGAAACCAGCAGCACCCGCGCGCAAGUUGACGAAGAUGAUACCACGUGGCAAUGCUCCCGAGAAGAAGAAUAUCAUGGCUGGUAAGAUGGAGAAGAUAAAAGAAGAAGUCUGCAAGCUACGGGUCGACAUGGAUGAAUUCAACCUUAUGUCAUCUGAUUCUCAUGCAAGCAUCGAGCCACCAGUUACUGAUAUAACAGAGGUUGAAGAACCAAUGAUUAUAGGAAGGGAUAAACACAUACAGAGCAUAAUGGAACGUAUAUCUGUGAAAGAAGGGCAAUACAUCAUGGUUGACAUUGAUGGCCAGCAUGGCAGCGGCAAGACAACAUUAGCACGAAUGGUUUUCAACCAUUCCCGAUUCAAAGACUACUCUCGGGUAUGGAUCCAAUGCUCGGACGAUUUUCGCUUGCAGGACAUGGGGAAGUACAUAAUUUCUCAGCUGUCAGGGGAAGAUAUCAACGGUGGUUCAAAUGAUGACAUGGAGUAUGUAAGAAAGCGACUUCACCAGCUACUUGAUACUAGCAUUAAGGUACUUGUUGUCUUAGAUGGCAUGUUUCCAUUAUCAUGGGAUGAUUGCGAGGAGUUGGAUGGUAUGUUAAGUGAAGGGGACAAUCGUAGUGAGGUGAUCUUGCUAACAACGGGCGGUUUACCGCGUUGUAAUGUAUUUGAGGAAUGUAAUGCAUUGAGUGAUGACAUGUGCUGGACAAUAAUCAAACAACGAAGUCACUUUGAAGGUAGAUCGUUUGACAAGCAAGCGAUGGAGCAGGUUGGUGCAGAGAUUGCAAAAAGGUGUCAGGGUUCACCAUUAGCAGCUGCGGUGCUUGGUGGCGUGCUACUCUACAAAGAUGCUACAGGAUGGGCGGAAGUACUGAACAGUGAUAUAUGGGCAUAUGACCGUGUCCGUAAGCCAUUCCUCAUGUUGGCAUACAUUAAUAUGCCACAGAGCUUACGGCCAUGCUUUACUUACUGUGCGAUGUUCCAACAUGGUCAGACUAUAGCUAAAGAUGAUCUGAUCUAUCAAUGGACUUCUCUCGGUCUUCUUGAGAAAUCCGACAGAUUCUCUGAGAUGCAACUUGGUGAACAGUAUAUUACGAUGCUUCUAGGCAUGUCACUUCUUCAAACAACAAUGCCGUUGUCGGAAACCCCUGACAGUGUGGUGGAACCAACUUUUUGUGGUUCUUACACUGAAUCUGAGCCGACGUGCAUGAUGCAUCAUCAGAGGCCCAAGAAGAUGGUGGAUUUUGAAGGUGCUUUGACUGGGAGGCGAUUCCUGGGUUGUCCUGUGCAGCAGGAUGUAGGUGUGAACUGUGGGGUUGUGGAGUGGGUGGAUGGUCCUUGGCCAGAGAUUCUACAAAGGUGCCUAACCAGGAUUUGGGACAUGUACCAUGAGCAGAACUUGGGAAGGGUGAAUGACAAACAAGCUCAUGAGAAAGAGGUGGCCAAGCUACAGAAGGAAAUUGAUUUCCUGUCAAACAACUACAGCCAGUUGGUGGAAGAUGUAUCCAAGCUAUUUGACUAUCAAGAUGGCAAGAUGUCUCAUGACAUGGGCUAUACCAGUCAGGCAAUCAAUGAACUAAAUGAGAAGAAGAAACAACUUAAGGAUCAGGCAAAGAUUGAGUUAAGUAUGGAGAAGAUGAAGCUUGCCAAGGAGCAAAGGUGCAUUCUUCAAAGCCAAGCAGAUAUCAUUCAGAACAUGAGGAAGGCCAUGAAGGAAGUGGAGGGGGAGAGGGACCUACUAAGGCAAGAGAAGAAGAAGCUGGAGUAUCUGAUUGCUGAUCUGCUCAAGGCUGGGCAUGCCAGCAAAGAUAAACUGGAGAGGAUCAAGGCAAUUAUGAAUGAGUGAAGUGGUUGGUGUGUGGGUUAAGUAAUUAGUAGGCCUAUAUAUAUAGCUGGCCUUGGAAUGUCAUGCAUGAUAGGUACCUAGGUGUAUAUUUUGGGAAAGUUUCAUGUGCUUUUAGAAUGGUAUGAGGGAGGGAGGUACUGUUAUGGUUUAAGAACUAGUUGGUUUUAUCUAUGAUGUAAUGAUUAUUAUGUUAAGACCUACUAUGCUAAGUGAGUACUCAUGCUAAGUUAAGUAAGUAAGAAUGUUUUAUCUA